GGCAGAUCCUAGGAUAAUACUUGUCUGGAAAAAUUCUUACCACGUUAUCGACAUCCUCUGCAUCCUCUGCAUCCUCUGGAGAGGUAUUCAAUAUUUACCCUCUGGUAUCAACCACAUGCUGUCUAGCACGCCAACUACGGAAACUACGUCUGGUAUAAAAUGAGCAAAAGAAAUAUGCCUCACCUUCCUGCGGAGGUGAUCCUACAAGUCAUUCAGUGUUUGAUUCCAUCUGAGCCGCCCGUUGCAUUUCCGCCCGAGCACUCAGUCACCCAAGCAUUGAUCAGUCUCACCCUGGUGUCCAGCCUCACACAUCAAGCGGCAAAGCGACUUCUCUUAAAACACUGCCUGUAUCUUAAUUCGGGCCAGCGCCUGGAUCUCGUUCUCCCACAACUUCUUGGAGAUGAUCAGAAGCAGCAAACACAACCCACGGGACUCUUCCUGGCCCCAUUUCCGGUUCAGAGCCUCGAGGAGCCCCUCGUGGUAACGCAAGUAGAUCUGUUGUCUUCGCACAUCUGCGGUAGCCUACGACGUCUGGUCAUUGAUAUGCCGCUCCGGGAUCUCCGCCCGUAUGAGGAUGAGCAGGGAUUGCGAAAGAUAAUCCGCGCAGCGUUUGUCCGCUUAACCCAGCUCGAAGAGUUCUGCUCUGCUAGAGACGAACUCUACUGCGAUACCAUGCAGCGUGGAAUUGAGCCACCUGUAUGGUCCUUAUGGCCACGCCUAAAGUGCCUUGCACUAUAUAACGCGGCCGUGGAAUGGCGCGAGUUCUGGCGCUUUCUUCCUGCAUGUCCAAAUCUUACCCAUCUGGUGCUCACCCGAGCGGAUUACCUCACAGACCCUAUGGACCCAGAUGCGGUGGGCCUUGCGUGGUGGUCGUCCUUGAAACGCAUUUUAAUUGUGAAUGGCGCCAGCGGUCACUUGUCGGAUCUUCGCCUGCGCGAGCCAGGGUGGGAGACAAGCGUUGUGGGCCAGUUAGGGUUACCUCAGCCCACCGUGGAAUCUGAGUCAAAUAAGCUGACCGUAGAGUUGAAGCCGUCCCUGGAGUACUUUUGUAUUGAUGUGCCGCCAGAGAAAGAGGACGAUCUCCCCGAUAUUUGUCAGGAAUGGGUCUGCGAGCAAGCUACCAGAGGAACAUUGUGGGAUCUCCCAGGAUCCCGCUAUGUACUGCAUGACUAAGGGCCUAGGCUGUUAAUGGGAUACGAUAACAUAAGAGAUACUAAGAUGGCGUUGUAGCUGUCACAACCUCCGAUCAAUGGGUUCUACAGGGUCCUAUCA